AUAAACCUCAAAAUUAUUAAAAUAAAAAACCUUAAAAGCCCAAACCAUACAUCAUAAUAAAAAAAAAAUACAUAUAUCAACAACAUUAUUCAUCAAGCUACCAUAUAAACCUAACCUAAAACUGUGCGAGUGAGAGGUAACGAUACCGACCGAGACACGACGAGCCGACGCCGACUGCCGACGAAUCGAGGCGAGUCGACGACAUGCGCCACCGACCAGUGCACGCCACCAUGUUCAACGACAACCACGACAUAAGACUCAUUCGCCUUGUCAAACAGAACCCCGUGCUAUACGACAUAAACCAUGAGAAAUACAUGGAGUUCAACUCAAGAGAAGUCGCCUGGCAGAAAAUUGGCGACGCCCUAAAAAAACCCGCCGCUGACUGCAAACUACGAUGGGUAAACAUAAGAGAUGUACACAGACGGAUACUGAGGAAAAAUUUAAUGGACCCUUCAAACCCGUCGAAGUCAUACAAAUAUGAGAACGAGCUCACUUUCAUGAAGCCAUUCUACAAAGACAUUAACUUUGUACCAACGGGGCAAGAUGAUGAGGAGGAAGAAGAUAGAGCCACUAACUCCUGGAUCGACCCACCUGAAGAGGAACGUCAGCAUAGCGAUGAAGAUUCGGACGUACCAAAGAAGAAAGCUAAGACUAGAAAGAAAAGGUCCAGAAGGAAACAAGAACCGCAUUUUGAAGAGGUCACUCACACAGUUCCUAUGUUCAAUGAAAGUGUGACCACAGAGUUGGACGCUUCGGAUUCUGUGGACGCGUUCCUACUCAGCAUAGGAGCCACAUUAAAGACAUUUUCGCCAUAUCACUUGAAUUUAGCUAAGAGUAAAAUUUUCGCGGUCGUUCAAGAUCACGAUUUACAGCAGAUUGUGGAACGUCAGAAACCUUCGUCUGAAGGGUCUGAAAGUAAAAUUGCACCUUCACAAAGUUUCUAUUCAGGAUAGGAUCUGCUAAUUAUCAACCUUAUAGUAAUGGAUAUAAAAGUUAUUUACAUAUUCAGAUUACUACUGAAGUAAGUAGAUUUGAAAGUGAUGAUUAUUUAGUAUUCUCAAAGAUUUAAGUUUAUUUUAGUCGUAUUAUAAUAAUUAAGUGAUUUAAGUUGCGUUAUAAUUUAGUUAUAAGAUUUUUCCUGUCACGUGGAACGAAUGACUUGAUGAUUGUUGACUAUGUUUUAAAUAAAGCAUUAUUCUUAGUAAUGUCAAA